UCCUGGGAAUCCCGAGAAUCCCGGGAAUCUUGGGCGGGGGGCCGAGGGUGCUGGGGCUCCCCGGGGCAGCACCGAGGCUGCUGGGGCUCGCCGAAUCAGCACCGAGGCUGCUGGGGCUCCCCGGGGCAGCACCGAGGGUCUCCCCUCUGUAACAUCCUCCCACGCCCGCGGUGCGGCCCUGAGGGAGAAGAGGGGCCCUGCGCGGGUCUGUCCCGCUCCCCGCAUCGCUCUCGGCUGAAUCGCCGCAGAGCCUUUCCCAGCCCGCUCUUCCCGAGGCUUUUCCCGGUGAAUUUCCCCAGCAUGGAGUUCGCCGAGCUGAUCAAGACGCCCCGAGCGGAUAACGUGGUGCUGCACUGCCCCUUCCACCUGGCCGUGGAGGGGACGCUGUGCCUGACCGGCCACCACCUCAUCUUCUCGUCACGGCGGCAGGACAACGCCGAGGAGCUGUGGCUGCUGCACUCCAACAUCGACUCCAUCGAGAAAAGGUUCGUGGGCUCCUUGGGUACCAUCAUCAUAAAGUGCAAAGACCUGAGGAUUAUCCAGCUGGACAUCCCAGGGAUGGAGGAGUGUCUGAACAUUGCCAGCUCCAUUGAGGCUCUUUCCACCCUGGAUUCAGUCACCCUCAUGUAUCCCUUCUUCUACCGGCCCAUGUUUGAGGUCCUGGAGGAUGGAUGGUCCUCCUUUCUGCUGGAACAAGAGUUUGAGCUCCUCAGCUCAGUGACCAAUGAGUGGCGUCUGAGCUGUGUGAACAAGGAGUUCUCAGUGUGUCCCUCCUACCCUCCGGCUGUCAUUGUCCCCAAAUCCAUCGACGACGAAGCGCUCCGCAAAGUCGCCCUGUUCCGCCACGGCGGCCGCUUCCCCGUGCUGAGCUACUACCACAAGAAGAAUGGCAUGGCCAUGCUGAGGAGCAGCCAGCCCCUGACAGGCACCAACGGGCGGCGCUGCAAGGAGGACGAGAAGCUGAUCAACGCCACGCUGCGCUCCGGCCGCCGCGGCUUCGUCAUCGACACGCGGCCCCUGGCUGUUGCCCAGCAGGCCAGGGCCAAGGGAGGGGGCUUUGAGCAAGAAGUCCACUACCCCCAGUGGAGGAGGAUUCACAAGUAUAUUGAGAGGUUUAAUAUCCUGCAGGAGAGCUUCAUCAAGCUGGUGGAGGCUUGCAAUGACCAGUCACACAACAUGGACCGCUGGCUCAGUAAACUGGAAGCUUCCAACUGGCUCACUCACAUCAAGGAGCUGCUGACUGCAGCUUGCCUGGCUGCUCAGUGCAUUGACAGGGAAAGUGCUUCAGUGUUAGUCCAUGGCAGUGAAGGAACUGACUCCACACUCCAGGUCACUUCCCUGGCACAGAUCAUCCUGGAUCCAAGGUGCAGGACCAUCCGUGGCUUCGAGGCUCUUGUAGUGAGGGAGUGGCUGCAGGCUGGCCACCCUUUCCAGCAGCGCUGUGCCCAGUCAGCCUAUUCCAACAGCAAGCAGAAGUGGGAGGCCCCAGUGUUCCUGCUCUUUCUGGAAUGUGUGUGGCAGAUCCACCGGCAGUUCCCCUGCUCCUUCGAGUUCAACGAGCAGUUCCUCAUCGUGCUCUUUGAACACGCCUACGCCUCCCAGUUCGGCACUUUCCUGGGCAACAACGAAAAUGAAAGGGCUAAACUGAAGCUGCCUCAGAAGACCAUGUCCCUCUGGUCCUGGGUGAACAGGCCUGAAGAGCUGAGCAGGUUCCAGAACCCUCUUUAUGAGGCCAACAGCCUUGUCAUCUGGCCCUCUGUGGCCCCACAGAGCCUGCAGCUCUGGGAAGGUGUCUUCCUGAGGUGGAACAGGCCUUCCAAAUUCCUGGAGGAGGCUGAAGUAGAAAGGAUCAACAUCAUCAAGUACAACAAGGAGCUGCAGGCCAAGGUGAACGCGCUGAGGCGGCAGCUGGCGGAGAUGGAGGCGGAUGAGGAGGGCCGGGAGGAGCCCUGAGCUGGGCUUUGGGCUUUGCUCUGAGCUGGGCUUUGGGCUUUGCCCUGAGCUGGGCUUUGCCUCAGGCCUUUGCCCUGAGCUGGGCUUUGCCUCAGGCCUUUGCUUUGCCCUUCACCUCGAGGAAGAAACACGGCAAGUGCAUGUUCUGCUGAGCCCUUGGGUCCAGCUGACCCUCCCACUGCUGAACCCUUCACUCCAUGAACCUCCCUGCUUUGUGGGGAGGGCUUUUUGUUUUGUUUACAGAAGACACAGCUGGGCACAAUGUCCCCUCUUGGCAGCUUUUCUGUCUCAGAAUUGGGUACAGUGUCAGCAGGAGCUGGAACUCUUUACCUCCAAUUGUGUGGAUGACUAGGAUGGGCCAAGAGACAGGAUGUCUCCAAUUUAUUUUGGACUUUCUCUGGUUUUGUUGAACACUCACAGGAUUAAAAUACAGAGUUCUAUAUAGAUAGGUAAAGGCAUUUUGUCUGGAAGCACCUUUUCUCUCCAAGAGUAGGUAAGGCAGCUUGGUUCUUUAAUUUCCUAGGAAAUCUAGAAAUUGUUAAAAUCAAAUUACAGGUUCUGCCAGUCUGCACAGUACUCUCAGUAGCCUUCACAUCUCACACUUGGGUUUUUGUGUUCAGCAUUGGCUCAGGAGCAGGAAGUUAAACACCAAACCAGAGCAAGACAUUUCAGUGCAAUACAGAAUUGAAGGAGGGAUUCUGCUGCUAAUGUUUAAGCCAUGACCUUCACAUGGAAUUGUCCCUCUUGGACAAGGAUCUCCUAAGGAGGAACAAACUUUUUUUUUUAAUUCUGCCUGGAAAACAAAAAGGUUUAACAGUUGCUGGGGGUGUUCACUUGUAGAACAGGGCUCAGAGCUGUUCUUUAAACCAGAGCCAAGCUGCCUUCUUAGAAAUUCCAACCCCCCUGGCUGGGUUUGGACACCUGGCCAGGUUCACAGCCUUGCCAGGGUGCAAGAGCAGCACUUCAUUUACAGCUCAACAAAACACUUCUGUGGCACCUGAUGUGCUUUUCCUAUUUGUGCUCUCAUGCCCAUCUUGUGAAACCUCAAAAGCAGAAGCUGGAAGUUCAGGUGACCUCACAGAUCUGCUGCAGAUGAAGGGGCCAUCACACUACAGAAAAAUAUUAAAAGUUUAGAUUAUUUGUAGCUGCUAAAACUGCUUAAAGACUUUAGGGAUAAGCUUCAGUCCCAUUUAACUUUGUAUUUUGUAGCUGCUCUUUCAGUUUCUGUGACUUCAAUUUGCUUUUUAUAAAAUCAGAGUUCUCUCUUGUGAUUUUUUUUUUUUUUCUCCUUUAAAAAGACAGGUAGGGGUAGGUCUGAAAUACUCCCUGAGGCGUUGUUUCAGCUUGAUUCCAUGGGUAGCUCCACAGGACUGGGAAAAGUUGAUUUAACAGCAGCACAUGUGGCUGGGAUUAUCCAGAAAAGAGCUUCCUGUCAGCCUGGUUUUGCUGGAAUGAACAGAGCUGCAGUAGGUCAGUGCUGGGAUCCCUCUGGAAACUGAGCUUCCAGGUUUGUGGAAUGAAGCUGCCUUUAUUUAAAAGCCACUUCACAUAGCUGUGUGUGAAAAUGCAGGAUCUGUAGUGUAGAAGUAGCUGGGCAGGAACCUGCAAAAAUCAUGUAGCCACUAAAUACAGUCUAAGAAAAUUCUAUGACCAAGGAAAUUGUAUAAAAUUAUGUGAUAGUGGUCAAGUGCUACCUUAAUGCCUUUUGUUCAUUCCUUAUUUCCUUAAUUAUUUCCUUCUUGCCUAAGCUAAACUUAGCCCUGAAGUCCUCUGGCUUAAAAAAUAACACAAUCCCUUUUAAAGCAUUGCUCACUUAAGGCAGAAGAGAUCCCCCUGCUUGCAAUGCCAAUUUCUUUGUAGGUUUGGAGCCUUGUGCCCUAAAUCCAGUCUGACACAGGGAAUGCUUUCAGGGUGGCUGGGGAUCUGUUCUGCAUGACAGGGGAGGCAGAAUUGGGCUGUUCCCUCCUCCAAACCCAGAGAUUCUUCUGGGUAUGUUGCUCAUAUAAGCCCUUAAAAUGAUUGUUCCCCCUUUGAAAGGAUGUCUUUGGGAUCUGCACCUGCCUGGGGGGUGUUUCCCGACCCCAUUCAGAAUUUCUCCAUCUGAAACCCAUUAUCCCCAGCCAGAUGGGAAAGAUUCAGAAGGCACUAUUUUCCCUGUAAUAGACUACACAUAAAACACUCCUAAAGGUUAUGCAAUUCCCUAACACAGUAAUUAUAGAUUGAGCUAAAUAAUAGAGAAGCAGAGAGGGUUUUUUUGGAGCUAAUUGCCUGGCUGCUCCAGCCUCUCCUGCAAACUGCAGGCAUCCGAGGAAAUUGGGAAACCAGCUGUGACAGCCAACAAAAGGCAGCACAUUCCCUCUGAGCUGGCAUCAAUUUCAGCCUCCACUUGUGUUGAAUCCACACCCAAGUGCUUGGGAACGUGGAUCCUGGGAACGUGGAUCCUGGGAACGUGCCUUCCUGUGGCAGUGCUGGUGUCCUAAACAGUUUGUUCCACAGUUCCUGGGCCUUGCAGCAGCUUGUCCCCCUGGAGGGCUGGCAGGAGGGGCAGUGGGGGCAGGAUUUGUGGUGCUGUGGGCUCUGCUGGGCCAGGAGCUGUGCUGCUCCCACGUUCCCUUUGAGCUGCCCCGUUCCCAGUGCCAGGCUCCAGCUUCACAGCAGGUCACUCCCCUCCUUUGCCCUGCUGCUUGCCUCCCCUGGUCAGUCACAUAUUGGAUAUCAGUCAUGGGUUUCUCCCCCAGAGGGGGAUCCCUGCCCUGUGACAGCACAUUUGCAGAUUCCCUGUGUCUUCCUGAGCUGGCUGCUCCCUGUGCCACUGCCUUACACCCUCACUGCCACCCCGCUCCUGCUCUUUUGCACACCCUUUAUGUAACAAGCUGGACACUGAAAGCCCCAUCUCCAAAUUUUGGGGCCAAUCCACGAGGACACUCUGCCAUUUACCAAAAAAA